AAUUUUUGAUGUGUAAGAUGGGAAAUUCUGGACGGAGUUUGAUUGUCAGAAGGCCAAACGAAACCAUGAUAAUUCUAGUUGCUGUAUUUGUUGGAUCGGUUUUUGGGUUCUUAAUUGGAGUCUCACUCCCAAAACUUUCAUUUACCAAGCUAAAUAUCACAUCCAGCCUUAUUUGCGAAUUUUCAGAUGUUGGGAGCAAAAUGAGAAGUAAUUCUAGCCAAAUCUGUGGAGAUGCUUUGUCUCCCCUCAUUGAGAGUGAAAACAAUUCACAUAGAAGUCAAAACAUGAGUGAUCUACAAAAGAUGUGGGUCCCCUCAAAUCCAAAAGGUGCAGAAACAUUACCUCCAGGCAUUCUCGCCAUUGAGUCAGACUUCUUUCCUCGUAGGUUAUCCGGCAAACCUAGUGAAGACCUAACCCACAUACCGAAAUAUCUGGUGACCUUCACUGUCGGCUAUGAUCAGAAGAAUAAUAUUGAUGCAGCUGUGAAAAAGUUUUCAGAUAACUUUACUGUACUUCUGUUCCAUUAUGAUGGCAAAACAAGUGAAUGGGAUGAGUUUGAGUGGUCUAAGCGGGCUAUUCAUGUCAGUGUUCCUAAACAGACAAAAUGGUGGUAUGCCAAAAGAUUUUUGCACCCCAGUAUUGUUGCACCCUAUGAAUACAUAUUUAUAUGGGAUGAGGACCUUGGAGUUGAACAUUUCAAUGCCGAAGAAUAUAUAAAACUUGUUAAGAAGCAUGGAUUGGAAAUUUCCCAGCCCGCUUUGGAUCCUACCGGAGUUUUAACUUGGCAGCUGACCAAGAGAAGAGAGGAUCGCGAAGUGCACAAAGAAACAACAGAGAGACCGGGAUGGUGCUCUGAUCCCCAUCUCCCUCCGUGUGCAGCAUUUGUGGAAAUCAUGGCUCCCGUCUUUACUCGAGACGCAUGGCGCUGCGUGUGGCAUAUGAUUCAGAAUGACCUGGUCCAUGGUUGGGGCAUUGAUUUUGGGGUCCAAAAAUGUCGAGUACAUUGUUACGCUUUUUUGCAGCCUGCUCAUGAGAAAAUUGGAAUUGUUGAUGCUCAGUGGAUUGUUCACCAAUCCGUUCCUUCACUAGGGAACCAGGGUGAGUCUGAGAAUGGCCAAGCUGCUUGGAGAGGGGUACGAGAGAGGUGUCAAAGAGAAUGGUCCAUGUUCUCGAGAAGGAUGGAGAAUGCGGAGAAAGCAUACUACAAGGACAAAGGAAUUGAUCCUUCCAAUGUCACAAAGUCGUGCCGAGGCUGCAGGGGUCGGCACUAAAGCAACAAGUCAAACAACUCUAUUCAUUAAUACUCAACUUCUUCUUGUAUUGCUAUGCCUUAUUCGCCAGCUGUUAUUGAUGCUACUAUACCAUUCGCUGGGUACUGAAAUCAAGAACUUUCUGCAAUUAAUUUUAAGGUCCUGGCACUGAAAGUGCCAUAUGUAAGCAUAUUAUUAGAAGAGAAAAAGGGUCCAGGAUACGUGGUGGUCUCCUCUGACUUCCACUUCCUGAGUUCCUGAUUCCAACUGCAAGCAAAAGAGCACCGAGUCUCGAUCGGUACAUAGAUAUAACUUGUCCGAAGGUGGGAUUCUUGAAUGCCAUCGACUACUACUUAAUUAAUGUUGUACGGUGCUGAGCAAAUUGCUUGCUUUCUUUGCCUUCAA